UCAACAAGAAAACAAUCAAAACCCAUUAAUAUACGUUUUCAUUUUGUACUCAAAUUCUGAUUUCUUGUCAAACAAACAACCAGAGAACCCUAAAAGGAACAUCCCCAAAAGGUUGUCAUUUGAGAUUUGAGCUCUCUUUGUGAUACCACAGCCUGAAGUAGAGGUUUAAUUCCCCUUUUCUUAUCAAUUUAAGCAAAUCAAACUCAGAAGAUAACCCCCUUUAAAAAAUAUCUCAAUUUCGAUAACGGUUUCCGUAAGAACCAGAAACUAUGAGCCUGAACUGCCUCGCUUGCCACAUCUUGCAAAGAACAGACUCGGACAGAGACAUGGGAAGCCGUAAAGAUUCAAGCUUUAAAGAAAACUUCGCAACGUCAGCGUUUGAAAAGAUGGUAAGGAACAGAUCAUCGUUGCCCGUAGUGAGACGGGUCAAUAAGGGUCAUCGCAGGCUUUACAGUGCGGACAUCAUGGUCUAUGGGGAACUGGACGAGCCCAAGCUGGUCAGAAGCAGUGGGAUCAGAAGGGAUUGGAGUUUUGAGGAUCUAAAGAAACACAAAGAUCAGCUAAGAAUUGAAGAGACAAUAAAGGAAUAAGACAGAUCCUUUUGCUAGGUUUCUCCCAAUGUUCUUGUUGUUGUUGUGAACAUGUUCUGUUGUUUUCAAGUCAUAAGGAUCCAACCAGAAAAUUUUAAGACAUCGAUAAGUUUACGGAUUUUCUGGAUCCGACAUGACAAAAUGAAAAUCUGUGAAAGUUCAUAUAUAUGAAUUCAUUUUCCUAAUGAAGAUUAUAUAUAUAAGAACUGACCUGAAGUUUCUAACUCGAGUCCAUGAGAGUUUGCCCUUAGAUGUUUAUCCUUAUAAGAUCAUGUGAAUCCCUAUAGAGUUCAUGAAAAU